CGUACAUAACACGCGCUGGCAAGGCACUCGAGUGGUCAAGGAAAAAUCUCCUAAAUCCACCAUUUUUUCCUUCUUUCUCGGUCCUAAACGAAGAAGACACUCAACAUGCGUGAAGUGAUAUCCCUCCACGUAGGCCAAGCCGGGGUCCAGAUGGGCAAUGCCUGCUGGGAGCUGUACUGCCUGGAGCACGGCAUCCAGCCUGAUGGUCAGAUGCCAAGUGACAAGACCAUCGGGAGCUGUGACGACUCCUUCAACACCUUCUUCAGCGAGACCGGUAGUGGCAAGCACGUCCCUCGUUGUAUCUUUGUCGAUCUCGAACCGACUGUUGUUGAUGAGGUCCGUACCGGCACCUACCGUCAGCUCUUCCACCCUGAGCAGCUGAUCACAGGCAAGGAGGAUGCUGCCAACAACUACGCCAGGGGCCACUACACUGUGGGCAAGGAACACGUAGACAGUGUUCUUGAUCGAGUUCGAAAGUUGGCCGACCAGUGCGUUGGACUUCAAGGUUUUCUGCUGUUCCACAGCUUCGGUGGAGGCACCGGUUCUGGCUUCUCUGCUCUUCUCAUGGAGCGUCUCUCUGUAGACUACGGCAAGAAGUCCAAGCUGGAGUUCGCCAUCUACCCUGCCCCGCAGUUAGCACCUGCCGUAGUGGAGCCCUACAACUCCAUCCUGACCACCCACACCACCCUGGAGCACUCCGACUGCGCCUUCAUGGUCGACAACGAGGCCAUCUACGACAUCUGUAAGCGUAACCUCGACAUCGUGCGUCCGACCUACACAAACCUGAAUCGCAUAAUUGCCCAGGUUGUAUCAUCCAUCACAGCAUCUCUUAGAUUUGAUGGCGCUCUUAAUGUCGAUCUGAAUGAGUUCCAGACCAACUUGGUCCCUUACCCACGUAUCCACUUCCCCUUGGCCACUUACGCACCGCUAAUCUCUGCUGAGAAGGCCUACCAUGAGCAGAUGACCGUUGCAGAUAUCACCAACUCCUGCUUCGAGCCGGCAAACCAGAUGGUGAAGUGCGAUCCCCGUCAUGGCAAGUACAUGGCCUGCUGUCUGCUCUACCGUGGUGAUGUCGUCCCUAAAGAUGUCAACGCUGCCAUAGCAACCAUCAAGACCAAGCGCACCAUCCAGUUCGUGGACUGGUGUCCAACUGGCUUCAAGGUGGGCAUCAACUACCAGCCACCCACCGUCGUGCCUGGCGGUGAUCUGGCCAAGGUGCAGCGUGCCGUCUGCAUGCUGAGCAACACCACGGCCGUCGCCGAGGCCUGGGCUCGUCUGGAUCACAAGUUUGAUCUGAUGUACGCCAAGCGUGCCUUCGUCCACUGGUACGUGGGAGAGGGUAUGGAGGAGGGUGAGUUCUCUGAGGCUCGUGAGGAUAUGGCUGCCUUGGAGAAGGAUUACGAGGAGGUUGGCACUGAGUCAGUCGGAACCGACGAGGAAGAAGAAGCGGAGGAGUACUAAUGUUUCAUUAAGACGUCUGUGUCAGAUGCAAGACAACUCUUUAAAACACUUUAGUUAGAUUUGACCAGAAAACAGUCAAUUUGCCUCCCAGCCGACUACAGAAAAGGUCCGGUGUAGGUUUGACUGUUUAGUCAAAGUUAGUAUCACAAGAGACUGGGAUUGACUGUGAUGCAGCUUUUUGUAGCAUAACUUCGACCCAGGUAUAGGUGUCUCUUUUUUUGGUUAUAAUAUUCAUCGCGAGAUUUAUGUUAUCCCUCAAUGAAAUUUAUUUUUCAUCGCACUUAUCUUUCAGUUUAAACAAAUAUCAUCACCGAAUUUUAGCAAACACUUUACACGUUUAUGUUCAUUUGGAAAGUGACAUUAAAGAACAUGAACUUCUCCAAGUAAAAACAUUGAAACUGAAAAGUGUACGUGUGGGUGUGGUUACUUUAAUUUAAGGCAAUCUCCAUGUCACCAAAACAGAGAUUGUCUCCUUUAUAAGAAAAUAAUGCUUACUUUUGUUUAUUGUUUUUUUUUAGUAUUUCCCUUUAAUAAAUUAAUUAUACUGACAGGCCGAUUUUAUUUCAAAUACUCAAAAGUAGUUCUCGCCUGUGUCCCUUUCGUGACCCCCAAACGUUUUCCCUUUCUAGUUCUUGCCAAAAAAAUGAAGAAAGAAACCGCCUUACGUGUCAGUUUCUAAAUUUGAACUAUUUCUCCAAACCUCAGGAAUUCAAUGUACAACAUUUGCUUUAUCUUCAAUUUACAUAAAUAAAUGGAUUUGGAGGAUUA